AAGACCACUAUAAGACGGCUACAAGACGUCUUCUCCCGGCUUUCCUUGUCCGCGCGUAUUUCCCAUUCAUAUCAUAUUGUUUUUCAUCCUUGUCAUGAGCGAAACCGUCCAUAGUGAGACAAGGACAACACCACCGAGAUGAUGUCUGCACAGCUACAGCACCCAUCUAAUCCGACACCACCCACCGCCGACCCUCAGGCUUCGGCUGUUCCCGAGUCGCAUGGCUCGUCAAGAGGCACAACUAUUGCGCCCCUAGUCAACCGCGCCGCACAAAGUAUAAGCCCUUACGUACGGGCCCGAGCAAGCAGUCCAGUAGCCUGGCAGCUUCUGGAUGAUGAAGCCGUGAACCGUGCCAAGUCAGAGAACAAGCUCAUCUUUCUCAGCAUAGGUUUCCUUGCAUCUCAUCACUGUCAUCUAGCUCAUCUCGAAUCCUUUUCCGACUCUACUCUUGCUGCACUUCUCAAUGAGGAGUUCAUACCAGUCCUCAUCGACCGCGAAGAGCACCCCAACUAUGACUACAUAUAUAUGAACUACAAUGAGUCACUCAAUAGUGUUGGAGGUUGGCCUUUGAAUGUAUUCCUUACCCCAGACCUUGAGCCAGUCUUCAGUGGCACGUACUGGGCGCCACCCGGUGCCACAGGCAAUAGUGCGUCCAGCUCGGACGAGACCGAGGGGGCAAGUAGGCCGUUGGAUUGGCUUACCGUCGUUAGAAAAGUGCAUUCAUCUUGGAAGGAUGAGGAGCAGCGCGUUCGUGAAGAGGCUAAGCGGAACUGUGUCGACCUAGCACAGGUUUUGAGUGAAGGAAUGUUUGACCAUCUAUCAGAUAUCGGGUCGGCACAGAGGGACACUUCUGUUGCUGAUUACACCCAGGAUUUAGAAGGCGAGCUUGAUUUAGAACAAAUCGAGGAGGCUUUCGCCCGGAUCACUCGAACUUUCGAUUACCCGUUUGGCGGGUUCGGCCAGCAGGACAAAUUUCUUACGCCGUCAAAACUAUCGCUUAUGCUUAGAGCCACCCAUUUUCCAGCCGAGGUGCAAGAUGUGGCUGGUCCAAAAGACUGCACUUUUAUUAGUGACUCGGCUCUUCAUACAUUGCGCCGCAUCGUCCAUGGUGCUGUACAUGACCAUGUUGGUGGGGGCUUUCACCGUCACUCAGUCACGAGAGAUUGGUCCUUACCGACCUUUGAGAAAAUGCUCAUCGACAAUGCCCUUCUCUUGGGUGUGUUCUUGGACGCAUGGCUUCUGUCUCUGUCGGGUGGAGAUCCCGACGAAGAACUCGCCCAAACAGCGAAAGAAUUGGCCGAUUACAUCACAGGCAAAACCAUGAUGGCACCUGGAGGCGGCUUUUUUACAAGUGAAUCGGCUGGCUCUUCUAAUAAGAGAGGAGAUGCGGCUAUGCGUAACGGUGCCUUCUACCUGUGGACAAGAAAGGAAUUUGAUACAGCCGUAGGCGACGACAUCGAGGCUGAGAUUGCUGCGGCAUACUGGGACGUUCAAUCCGACGGAAACGUCGAUCCAGUGCACGACCCUCUAGAUGAAUUUCUUAAUCAAAACGUUUUGCGGAUUGCUAAGACACAUGCAAGGCUCAGCAAGCAGAUAGGUGUGUCAGUCGAUGAAGUGAAGCGGCGCAUCGCAUCUGCUCGAGAGAAACUAAGAGCACACCGCGAAAAAGAGCGUGCCCGCCCAGUCGUCGAUACAAAAAUUGUAACAUCUUACAACGGCAUGGCUAUUGUCGCUUUAGCCCGAGCUAGUACUGUUUUACGCGACCAUGAUCCUGAGAGUGCCACUAAAUAUCUGACAGCUGCGGAAAACGCAGCCCGCUUUAUCAAAACAAAUAUGUGGAAUAGUAGUCAAAGGACACUCCGUCGGGUAUACUGCGAUGGCCAUUUAGGCACCCGUGGUUUUGCGGAAGAUUAUGCUUACCUGAUUGAAGGACUCCUUGAGCUGUACGAGGUCACAGCAAAUGAGUCCUGGCUCGAAUGGGCUGAUGAACUACAAUCAGCGCAGAUAGCCCAAUUUUACGAUGACGCGCCAUCAACAUCGACAAAUACACAUGUGAGAUGUGGGGGCUUCUACUCAACUGCUCACGGUGCACCCCACACGAUCCUUCGAGUGAAAGAGGGUAUAGACGGUUCGCAACCUUCUGUAAAUUCGGUCUCUGUGUCCAAUCUAUUCAGACUUGGAGCUUUGCUAAACGAUAAAAAGUAUACUUACCUAGCAAAGGCAAGUGUCAAUGCUUUCAGCGUGGAGAUCUUGGAGCACCCGAAUCUGUUCCCGGGCUUGCUUUGUGGUAUCAUACCGUGGCGAUUAGGAGGCCGACACUGGGUCUCUGUGGGCGAAGACAACACAGCCAACUCACUCUUCCAUAAAGCCCCUCGAGCAGCACUAUCAACGCUGCGGUAUCACAACCCGCAAAAUACCGGUUCUUGGCUCGGAUCGCGAGAUCCAAGCCUAAAGUUACAAGAAACAGGAAUCUAUACACAAGAUAGUGAAACCCCGAACGCGUAUCGGAAAAUCAAUGCCAACGAUACACCAUGGACCCAGAAGCCAGCCACAACUGUGAAAAUAGUUGCUACUAGGCCCGGCGAUGCUAUCCCGCCAUCCGCAAGCUCUACUUAUUGAGAUUCUUGAGAUAUAUAAAUUAGGCAGUGGCAUUAGAACGUGUAUUAACAUCCGAUUGGGAGGCAUAUCACAUCUAAUUUCGGGCAUGACUAAUGGAUAGGGAUAGAAAUAAGGGAGAACGGAAUGUGGCAUGUACUCUCGCUUCCGCGCAUUAGAACAAAUGACAUCAAUCAUCUAGCAUGUCGGUUGAAAUACACUAUUAAACUUCUACUUCGAAUAUCUAAACAUGGGAUCAUCACUAAGGGCGGUGACAUCUUGGAUAUUAGUCUUUGCGGCUCUCAUUUGUUUCCUUUGUGAUAUAAGGAACUGAGAGUGUCAAUUCUUUCAAACAUAUUUGGGUUUUUGUUUUU